UGAGCGUCAGUCUCAGUGCGGAGCUCGCGGCGGCCAGAGCAACUUCGGCUGGCCGCAGGCUGGGCGGCGGCGGCGGCGGCGGCGAGGGCGGCGAGGGCGGCGGCGUUGGCGGCGGGAGCGGCGGAGCUGGGGCCACACCCCGUCGCGGACUUUUUCUCUUUCCAGUCCUCUCCUCGCCGUGCGGGACACGGUUCCGGGAGUAGAGCGGCCGCCCACGCCCCAAGCAUCCUCAUCUGACGAGCGGGCGCCGGCGGCAUGAUGCGGCUGCGAGGCUCGGCGAUGCUACGGGAGCUGCUCCUGAGGCCGCCCGCCGCCGUCGGAGCCGUCCUGCGGCGCGCGCAGCCCCUCGGCACGCUGUGCCGGCGCCCCCGGGGCGGGAGCCGGCCGACCGCUGGCCUGGUGGCCGCUGCGCGACUCCACCCGUGGUGGGGCGGGGGCGGCCGCGCGAAGGGCCCCGGCGCGGGCGGCCUGUCCAGUUCGCCCUCGGAGAUCCUACAGGAGCUGGGGAAGGGGGGUACGCCGCCACAGCAGCAGCAGCAGCAGCAGCAGCCAGGGGCGUCGCCACCCGCAGCCCCGGGCCCCAAGGACAGCCCGGGGGAGACCGACGCGUUCGGCAACAGCGAGGGCAAGGAGAUGGUGGCCGCGGGCGACAAUAAAAUAAAACAGGGUCUGUUACCUAGCUUGGAAGAUUUGCUGUUCUAUACAAUUGCAGAAGGACAAGAAAAGAUACCUGUUCACAAGUUUAUUACAGCACUCAAAUCUACAGGAUUGCGAACAUCUGAUCCCAGGUUGAAAGAGUGUAUGGAUAUGUUAAGAUUAACGCUUCAGACAACGUCAGAUGGUGUCAUGCUAGACAAAGAUCUUUUUAAAAAGUGUGUUCAAAGCAACAUUGUUUUGUUGACACAAGCAUUUAGAAGAAAGUUUGUCAUUCCUGAUUUUAUGUCUUUUACCUCACACAUCGAUGAGUUAUAUGAAAGUGCUAAAAAGCAGUCUGGAGGGAAGGUUGCUGAUUAUAUUCCUCAGCUGGCCAAAUUCAGUCCUGAUUUGUGGGGUGUAUCUGUCUGUACUGUAGAUGGGCAAAGGCAUUCUAUUGGAGAUACCAAAGUUCCUUUUUGUCUUCAGUCCUGUGUAAAACCCCUGAAAUAUGCAAUUGCUGUUAAUGACCUGGGAACUGAGUAUGUGCAUCGCUAUGUUGGGAAGGAGCCAAGUGGAUUAAGAUUCAACAAACUCUUUUUGAAUGAAGAUGAUAAACCACAUAAUCCUAUGGUAAAUGCUGGAGCAAUUGUUGUGACUUCACUAAUAAAGCAAGGAGUAAAUAAUGCUGAGAAGUUUGACUACGUGAUGCAAUUUUUGAAUAAGAUGGCUGGUAAUGAAUAUGUUGGAUUCAGUAAUGCAACGUUUCAAUCUGAACGAGAAAGUGGAGAUCGAAAUUUUGCAAUAGGAUAUUACUUAAAAGAAAAGAAGUGUUUUCCAGAAGGCACAGACAUGGUUGGGAUACUAGAUUUUUACUUCCAGCUGUGCUCUAUUGAAGUGACAUGUGAAUCAGCAAGUGUGAUGGCUGCCACCUUGGCUAAUGGCGGUUUCUGCCCAAUUACUGGUGAAAGAGUCCUCAGUCCUGAGGCAGUUCGGAAUACACUGAGCUUGAUGCAUUCUUGUGGCAUGUAUGACUUCUCAGGGCAGUUUGCGUUCCAUGUUGGUCUUCCUGCAAAAUCUGGAGUUGCUGGGGGUAUUCUUUUAGUUGUCCCCAACGUCAUGGGCAUGAUGUGUUGGUCUCCUCCUCUUGACAAGAUGGGCAACAGUGUUAAGGGAAUUCACUUUUGUCACGAUCUUGUUUCUCUGUGUAACUUCCAUAACUAUGAUAAUUUGAGACACUUUGCAAAAAAACUUGAUCCUCGGAGAGAAGGAGGUGAUCAAAGGCAUUCCUUUGGACCAUUGGACUAUGAGAGUCUCCAGCAAGAACUUGCUUUAAAAGACACAGUAUGGAAAAAAGUGUCACCUGAGUCAAGUGACGACACCUCUACAACUGUAGUAUAUAGAAUGGAGAGUCUGGGGGAGAGGAGCUAGAGAUGGGCUCUAGCUACAGAACAGAAUGAUUCUCCUUUUAACAUCGGAAACAUCUUUAGGCUUUUGUUUCUUGUUUAUCUUUCCAAACUAAGUAUUUAUUCAAGUAUUCUAUUGUUAUCAGUUUUGGGUACUGGAGCCAUAAACUUAAAAAAAGGUUCUGUUUUGUUUUGUUUCGUUUUUUUUUUUUUUUCCGCUUGUAAUCUUUGUAUAAAAAACAUUUGUUAUUUUUUAAAAGAGCAUUUACAAAUAAAGCAAAUUUGCUUUAUUUUUUAAAACUUUUUUAAAAAAUGCAAUUUCCUUAGUUACAUUAAAAUUUUAGCUAUAUAAUUUGGUAACCACAUUGUUUUUCUUAGUUCUGAAGCCUGCAUAUUAAACUGAGAAGUAUUGUUGGGUUUGUCUUUUCCUUUCCAGUUUUAUAAUUGAUAGGAUAUAUUGGUAGUGACAGAAAGUACUUCCAUGCUAAAUAUAAAACUAAAAAGGCAAAGUAAUCAAAAUUAUUUUAUUUAAAAGAGCAGUAGAUUAUAAAAUUAGCUUUAGUUUACAUAUAUGCCAGUUAUAGUGGUAGAUUGGCUUUGAAUAUUUAAAAUGCAAAUACUUUUAAAUAUGUCUUUUUUUGUUUGUUUGAAAAAUUCUGUCCUGUCAGAAUCACAAUGUAUUAGGAAUGUUUCACAACACUGAAACACUCCAGCCAAAGAAUUGCAGAUGUGUGAGAAUGGUGUGCCCUGUUAUUUAAAAGCUACAAUGGUUAGUGCUCAGAAAAUGAGUCAAGAACUAUCUUCAAAAUGGAUUGUAUUUUCAUAUUCUUCAUGUAAUUUUUUGUUGUAUUUAAGUAUGAACGGUAAAUUUUGCUUUUUUAGCUUUUAGUAAUUUUAUUAUGUUUCAUAAGUGCUAAUGAAUAUUUUGUGAUAAUUAUGACAUCUCAUAAAUUUUGUUCUUUUUGAACUUUUAUUAGCAUACUUAUGAAAUGAAUAUAGUCUGAAGGUGUUAAGUAUACAACUAAAAUAUUUGUUGAAUUGGAAUGCUUCUGUUUAUUUUUAAAAUGCAAUAUUGAGAAUCAAAACUUUUUUCAAGAGAAUCAUAGGCUCCAUUUUAUCUUGUCAUAAACAGAUAUACAUAUUUUUAGAAUCUAUCUUGGCAAAGUGAUACUAAUGUUCUGCAGGAUUUAUUUACAUGUCUUCCUUCAUGUAUUUUGUUUUUCUCACAAUUUCAAGUUUGGUUUUUCAAAUUCACUUUUAAACUUGUAAAUUUUGGGCAAGUGGUUGAGAAUGAAAGCCUUAUAGCUUUUUAAAAUUAUGGCACAUGUACAGUAGGCAGAUUCUGUAAAGAAAGUAAAGGGAAAAAUAGUUCACUGAUAGAGAGGCUAAAUAAGAUACAGGGAAAUCCUGAUGAUCUGAUUUGAAACUGGGAACUCUGAUACUAAGAAAAGGGUUCUUCUCAGAAGUUCGACCUUAAAGCCUUUGGGCUAACUUAAGUAUUAAUAUUUGUAUUUAAAUAAUUACAUGGUGGGUUUUAGAAAGGCUGGCUGUCCUGUCCCUUUGGUGUUCAUAUGCAUUCCCCAGCCUGAUGCUUUAAAAGCCUUGCCACUGCCCUGCCUGUGGACACUAAUCAUCUCUUUUUCUUGUAUCCAGAGUGACUGUGAUUCAGGUAAUUGAACACCAUGAUUGGAAAAAAGAUUUUAGGUUUUUUUUCCCCUCCAUUUUCUAUGUGUACAUUUUGUUGUUUCAUUCAGAAGUUGGAUUUACUUUACAAAAUGACUUAAUUUUCAUAUUGUGUGCAUGUUUGUGUAAACUUCAAAUUAUUUUGUUAAUUUUUGGCACUUCCUAUAUAUAAUUCUAGUAAUGCUUGAAUGUACACUUAACUAUGAAGUAGGAUUGAGUCAGCUGCUGUGUUUAGAGAAUGCUUUUAAGAACAAGCAUUCAAAACUGUGUAUGGGAAGGUAUUAGCUUAAGAGUAGUAGGUAAGAUACUGCGACUGUAUCUGCAGACAAGAAAGGAAAGAAAAGCUUUGCCAGUUUGUGCAUUUAUCUUAAUUCCCUUCAGUAUAUUCAAUUCAAUCUCUUUUCAAAUAAAGUUCUUUGAGAAGUACCCAGUAUUGUUGGGUUUAAUUUUUCCUACUAUUAUUGAUUCUUGAUAUUCAAGCAUUUACAUGACAGCGUAUUUUUUUCUUUUCCUUUUUUCUGUUUUUUUUUUUUUUUGCUAUCAUUAACAUUUCAUUUGAAAUGCAUACUCUUCUUGAAAUAUUUUGUUUUUAGCAUAAAUGUUGUGCAUUUUAUCUUAGUGUUUGGAUUAAAACAUUUGUGUUGUUGAGCUUUCUUCAUUUGCUUUGUAUAUUUAAUAAUGUAUCUUUAUUUUCCAGUAUGCCUAUUUUUUGUAUUGUACAAUAAAUUUAUUUUAAGCUGAUUUUAUUGUUUUUUUUACUAUAUAUGUAAAAACACCUGUGAUAUUUAAAGUACAAAAAAAAAACAGCAAAACAAAACACUUGGGGUUUUAACUUAGAAAAAAAUUAUCUUUUCUGAAAAAACAUACUUUUAUGAAGAUUUCCUGGAAAGGAAACUAGAAACCAGAAAGUCUUCAUUUGAGUUUUAAAUUUUAAUGAAGUAUAGUAGGGAGGAAUUUUACAAUCUGUUGUACUUGAAUUAUUUAAAUAAAGACUUGCUCGACCUGCCCCUAGUCACAUAAAAAAGAAAGGAAAAGAAACAAGAAAACACCUUAUUCUAUUUGCAGGCUGUUUCUGCUUCUGAGGGAGAAUGUAACUGAUGUCAUUUGUUGUUUAAAUAGUAGGGGGAUACCACUGCCAAAUCAAUAAGAUGUAUUGCUUUGCUUAGGAUAACAUUGUUGUUCUCAGUACAAUAGAAUGUAUAUAGAGUUGGCUGACUGAAGUCUACCUUUCAGAGCUUUUCUAUAUUUUUCAAAUUGUUUCAAAUUAUCAUCCAAAUUACAUAAAUUGAAUACAUGCAUUGUUGGCACAUUUUUCUGUUUGACUAAAUCAUAUUUUAGAGGGAUUCCCUAAAUACAUUUUAAAUAUUUUGAAAAUGAAAGUAUUCUUGUUUGUGUUAAUUAGCAUUAAUAGGUGGUAUUUAAAAAAAUAACUUUCAGUACUAAUUAACAAGUUUCAGUAUGGUUUAUAUUUAUAAUAGUAUGUUUACUUAAGCUAAAGAUACAUUUCUUAACCCAUUGAAAACAAAGGGAACAGAAAAUGCUGCUUGGACAGUGUAGUCAUUCAUAAGUUUGUGUGUGUGUUUGUGAGUAUGUGUGUGUGUGAGAGAGAGAGAGAGAGAGAGAGAGAGAGAGAGAGAGAGAGAGAGAGUGAGUGUAUGUGUAUUUAUCUCCUGGGUGUACUUGUUUCAAUUUACCAAUUCUGAAAAUGACCACCUGUUUCCAUGUAGUCUCUUAGAUAUGAUUUAUUAAAUCACUGUAUUCCUGCUAUAGUGUUUGCCAUAAAGAACUAGAAAUUUUGCUAGUCCCAAAUUAGCAAAGCCUACACCUAUUAAUAUUGACUUUAAAGAGCUGUGGUUUGUCUUGUUGCUGUUCUUAUUCCAUGCCAGUACUGUUGGCCCAGAGAGCAACUAAAAUAAAUAAUAAAUGCUACUCGCAGCUUGAACAGUUCAAGUUAUGGAACGGUUUUAUUUAGUUGACGGCAUUAGAAUCUGCUUUAUUACUUACUUUUUAAGAGUCUUGAUUUAUCUCCUAAAUGACCUCCCUUCUCCCUUCUUCCCCUCCCUCCCAAUUUUCCACUACCUUCUAUGUGCAUUGUGUAGCAAAACCAAAGCUACUUGAAGAUGCAGGGUAAAAGUUUACUACCGUGCAUCAUUACCCUACAGUAGAACAGACACACGCCCUACACAGCAGGCCAUUUUCUGACAUGGCAGUUCUCUGCUAAGGGCAACCAUGUAUGAAAUAUAUUCAUGUUCAUUUCAAAUUGCAGCACUUUCACAAAUUGUAUCUCAGACUGUCACAUUUGAAGAAAUUUGAAAAGCUAUCUAACGUAAAAUAGAGAUGCCAAAUCUGAUAUUUCGUAUUUUUUUUUAAUUAAUGAAAAAGUGCUUUUUAAAACAGAGACUGAUCAUAAAUCUUUUAAGUAAAAUAAAUCUUGCUACAGAUGUCAAACCUUCUUUUCCAUUUAUAUUUUGUGAGAUGGAUGAGAAACAGAUUUAAGAAAUAUUUACCUACAUUUUGUUUGUGUCUUAGUGCUUUUAAAUUGUGAUUAAUAGAUUUUUUAAGUAUUCAUAUGCCAUGUUUAUAAAGCAUAACUUUGUCUUAAACUUCAGUAAUGGCUUAGCUUCCUAGCUCAUAACUAUUAAUUAA